UUUUAUUUUAUUUUUAGGACCCGGACUGAGCGCGCGCGCUCCCGUUAUUCCAGUUCCCGCGCCGCGAACUUUGGGGUCAAACUGCAGCGGAGCCCCCUCACCCCCUGACCUGCUCCCCCAGGAGGGACGACGACUCCCAACAUGAGUGAACAGAGCAUCUGCCAAGCACGAGCCGCCAUCAUGGUGUACGACGACGCCAACAAGAAGUGGGUCCCGGCCGGCGGCUCCACCGGUUUCAGCAGGGUCCACAUUUACCACCACACCGGGAACAACGCCUUCCGUGUGGUGGGGCGCAAGAUUCAGGAUCACCAGGUGGUCAUCAACUGCGCCAUUCCCAAAGGGUUAAAGUACAACCAGGCCACGCAGACGUUCCACCAGUGGCGUGACGCCCGGCAAGUCUACGGCCUGAACUUCGGCAGCAAGGAGGACGCCAACGUGUUCGCCAGCGCCAUGAUGCACGCGCUGGAGGUGCUGAACUCCCAGGAAGCAGGCCCCGCCCAGCCCAGACAGAACCCCUCCAUCCAGAAUGGCCCCACACAAGAGGAGCUGGACCUGCAGAAAAGGCAGCUUCAGGAGCUGCAGCGGCAGAAGGAUGUGGAACGGGAGCGACAAGAACGGGAGCAGCAGGAGAUGUUGGAGCGGCAGGAGCGUGAGCGGCAGGAAAAGGAGUCGGAAGCAGAGAAGGAGCGGCUUGCACAGGAGCAGCAGGAGCGCGCUGAGCAUGAAGGCAUGGAAAAGGAGCAGAAGGAGCAGCAGGAGCAGCAGGAGCAGCCAGACAGGGAGCAGCAGGACUGGGAGAGAGGGAGGCGCAUGUCCAAUGCAGACAUGCCGCACAGCCAGGUGGUGACCCCCCCUCCCCCACCUCCACCCUUACCACCCAACUCUUCAGUUACGUCUACGCCAGUGGCCACGCCCACCACACCUGCUGGCCUCCAGCCUCCACCCCCUCCUCCACUUCCACCGCUUAAGUCCACGCCGACACCCACCUCCUCUCUAAGUGCCAACGGUGUUUCAGCUGAAGCUCUGGACUACGACCGGCUGAAACAAGACAUUCUUGAUGAAAUGAGGAAGGAGCUGUCCAAACUCAAAGAAGAGCUCAUAGACGCAAUCAGGGAGGAGCUGGGAAAGUCCAGCACCGCAUGAGGGAUCCAAAGCCACUCUUCCCGACAUCCAUGUGACGAGAACGACGCCACGCCCCAUCGUCAGUGGAGGAAGCACGGACAGAUCAGGCGCUGGCGAGGACGGCGAGGACGGCGAGGACGGCGAGCUGUCUGAGGACGGAGGACUCUAUGCAAACCAGACGAACUCUGCUCCUGCAGGACCUGAACGUCGUCAGUUCCCAUCAGGCCUUCUGCUAGCAGAGCUGAACAAAAGGAACGGGGGGAGUUAUCUGUUUUUCCCAUGAUGCCAUAGGGGUAGCAAGUGCAUGUAUGGAUGUGUGAGAGCAAAUGACGUGCACGUCGAACUAGUCUUCCUCACAUUGAAGUGAAAACCUUCAAAGAUCGAAUCAAGAGUUUCUAACAACCAGCGUCAGCGCGUGGAGAACCUCCUCCUGUCUGCUCCUCCUGUCUGCUCCUCCUGUCUGCUCCUCCUGCCUGCUCCUCUUGUCUGCUCCUCCUGCCUGCUCCUCUUGUCUGCUCCUCCUGCCUGCUCCUCCUGCCUGCUCCUCCUGU